UAAAAAUACUAAAAAUAAAAGUAAUUGCCUCUCCAUCGUCUUUCUCUCUCCAACAACAAAGAAGACCACCCACCGCCAGCAUCGCCACCACUUCCGCCAUUACUACGACGUCGCUUCCUAAACGAUCCACCGUCACCUUCUUCCCUCUCUCUAUCUCACACGAAAUUCAGAUUCUGUUUUGCACUGUAUAAGGCGAAAAAUCCAAAAUUCUCUCUUUCUCUAAUCGAAAACAUCAACAUUUUCAAACUUUCUUUAACUUUCCCCGAUCAUUUCCCCCCUUUUUCCGACAACCAAUCAGCUGAAAAAGACACUAUCAAUUCUGCUUUUCUGCCUUUUCCACCUCGGAAUUAGGGUUCCGGUUCAACCACUGUGUGAUUCUGAUCAAGGGCUUCAACAGUGAGAGCAUUUCCGGUUUUGGAUCGGCCGAGCGAUUCCGAAUUCCCUCAGGUGAGAGGGAAUUAAGGUAUUCAGAUGGAAGGUUUUAGAAAAUUCUAGGGUUUUGUAUUAAAUUUCAAAACUAUCUAGAAAAUGAUUUGGUUUCGAUAUUUCCAAACUAGAGAGCGAAAUUAGGGUUUAUGAUGACAGAUUGGUAACGAUGGUGAGGCUCCUAGGACUGACUCGAGGAGAAUCGGACGAGUUACCUCGCGAAAUCACCACCUCGAGGACUCCUCUAGCGAGUGAGUCAGGUGAAAACGGGUGGCUCAUCAGAUUCUUCGACUCUGCGUUUUUCUGUGAGUGGAUCGCUGUUAGCUAUCUUUACAAGCAUGAUCAUGCCGGGGUCCGAGAUUACCUAUGUAACAGAAUGUACACACUUCCGUUAUCUGGAAUCGAAAGCUAUCUCUUCCAGAUUUGUUACAUGAUGGUUCAUAAGCCGAGCCCUUCAUUGGAUAAGUUUGUUAUUGAUAUGUGCUCAAAAUCACUAAAAAUGGCAAUGAAGGUGCAUUGGUUUUUGUUGGCUGAGUUAGAGGAUUCGGAUGAUAAUGAAGGGAUUAGUAGGAUUCAAGAAAAGUGUCAAAUUGCUGCUACUUUGAUGGGUGAGUGGCCGCCCCUGGUGCGGCCACCCAAUGCAGGUUCAAGUCCAGGGAGUAAAAACCAAGUUUUGAAUCGAAUUCUAUCAUCAAAACAGCGGUUUUUGUCAUUGACAUCUUCUCCUCCUAUGCAGAGAUCAUUGUCCUUGUCGCCGUCUUCAGGGAACCAUUUGCAGGAGGAUGGUGGUAAUCAAUUGUUGUCUCCAGAGGAGAAUAAAAUUUUUAAAAAGUUUAUUCCUGGUCCGAAAGUUAGAGAUGCCUUGUUGUUUAGGAAGUCAGCUGAGAAAGAUGAAGAGGAGAACGAAAAGGAUGGGUUUUUCAAGAGGCUGUUGAGGGACAGCAGAGGGGGAGAGGAUGAGGAGUCGACAUCAAGUUCAGAUGGGUUUUUUAAGAGGCUUUUAAGGGAUAGUAAAGGAGAGGAGGAAGAAAUGACUUCGAGUUCUGAAGGAUUUUUUAAGAAGUUGUUUCGGGAUAGUAAGAGUGAGUCCGAUGAUAAAUUGGUUUCUAAGCCAGCAGAAGAUGAUGAGAAAGAAGGGUUCUUUAAGAAGUUAUUUAAAGAUAAAUUUGAGGACAAGAAAGAUGUGAAUGAUAAAAUUGAUGAUGAACAUAUGGUGAACUCUGAAGAAAAAGCUUCAAAAUCUGCUGAAGAUGAUGAAAAAGAGGGGUUUUUCCGGAAAUUUUUUAAGGAUAAAUUUGAAGACAAGAAAGAUGGGAAUGAUAAAAAUGAUGAUUGUGAUGAAGAAGAAUCUUCAGAUUUCCCACUGUUCCGAAGACUAUUUCGAGUGCAUCCUGAAGAGAAUAAAACUAGUACAGCAAAUGAAAGCAGCAAUAGUGGCGGUUUGUUUGAGAGCAGUCCAGGGACUGAGAACUUCUUCCGCAAACUUUUUAGGGACCGUGAUCGUUCAAUUGAAGAUUCAGAGUUGUUUAGUUCAAAGAAGCAUAAAGAGAAGCAUCCUGGUUCACCUAAGCAACAGAAUGAUAAGUCAAAUGCCAAACCUCCGCUUCCAAAUAAUUCUAUAUCACAAUUUCGAAAAGGGGCUUAUCAUGAUUCACUGGAUUUUGUACUGUCAUUAUGUGAGACAUCAUAUGGCUUGGUAGAUGUGUUUCCAAUCGAAGAUCGCAAAACUGCUCUUCGUGAGUCACUUGCAGAGAUUAAUUUGCAGGUAGCUGAGGCGCAAAACAAUGGAGGAGUUUGCUUUCCGAUGGGAAAAGGGAUGUAUCGUGUGGUUCAUAUUCCUGAAGAUGAAGCUGUUCUUUUGAAUUCUAGGGAAAAAGCACCAUAUCUCAUCUGUGUUGAAGUUUUGAAAAGUGAAUUGCCAAGCAGUACAAAGGACACAUCUAAUGCUCAGAAGCUCUCUAGAGGAGGAAUCCCUCUAGCAAAUGGUGAUGCCUUAUUGCCAAAGCCGCCUCCAUGGGCUUAUCCUUUGUGGACUGCUCAGGAGGUGUAUCGUAAUAGUAGUGAUAGGAUGUCAAGUUCCACUGCACAAGCUAUUGACCAGGCAAUGACUCAUAAGUCUGAGGCAAAAGUGAAAUUUGUCAAUGUGAGUUUUUCUGUAGAAAAGCAAUCAGGCAGCCAAUCAGAGAGUGUUGAAGCACCUGAUUUACUGUCUGGCAAGCAUCGUGGCAAUUUGGGUGCUGUUUCAGUUCAGGGUGGACAAGAUAUAACUCACAAAUUAAGAGCUGCUCAUUCUAGUGAUUUGGAGUGGGUAAGGGUGGUGCUGACAGCAGAUCCCAGGCUCCGAAUGGAAGACAUUGAGGGUCAAGGACUACCUCGUCGGAAGGAACACCGUCGUGUUCCAAGUACAGUUGCCAUAGAGGAAGUAAAGGCAGCUGCUGCAAAGGGAGAAGCUCCUCCUGGACUCCCUUUGAAAGGGGCUGGUCAGGAUUCAUCAGAUGCACAACCAAGGGCUAAUGGGGGUAUGCCUAAAGCUGGUGAUGCAUUAUCUGGUGAACUUUGGGAGGUGAAGAAGGAGAGAAUACGAAAAGCUUCAGUGUAUGGGAAAUUACCUGGUUGGGACUUGCGCUCUGUUAUUGUAAAGAGUGGUGAUGAUUGUAGGCAAGAGCAUCUUGCUGUGCAGCUUAUCUCUCACUUUUAUGAUAUAUUCCAAGAAGCCGGUCUUCCGCUUUGGUUGUGCCCUUAUGAAGUUUUAGUUACAUCUUCUUACACAGCUCUUAUUGAAACAAUUCCAGAUACGGCUUCUCUUCAUUCUAUCAAAAGUAGAUAUCCCAAUAUAUCAAGCUUACGUGAAUUCUUUGCAGCUAAGUAUCAGGAAAAUUCUCCAAGUUUUAAGCUGGCCCAGAGAAAUUUUGUUGAAAGUAUGGCUGGGUAUUCCCUUGUGUGCUAUCUUCUGCAGGUGAAGGAUAGGCACAAUGGAAAUCUCCUACUGGAUGAAGACGGUCACAUCAUACAUAUAGAUUUUGGCUUCAUGCUCUCCAAUUCACCGGGUGGUGUAAAUUUUGAGAGUGCACCAUUCAAAUUAACCCGUGAACUUCUUGAGGUCAUGGAUUCUGAUGCUGAGGGAGUUCCAAGUGAAUUUUUUGAUUACUUUAAGGUAUUAUGCAUCCAAGGCUUCCUAACCUGCCGUAAGCAUGCAGAGCGCAUAAUUCUUCUUGUUGAAAUGCUGCAGGAUUCUGGUUUCCCAUGCUUCAAAGGUGGUCCGCGAACAAUACAAAACUUAAGAAAACGAUACCAUUUAAGUUUAACUGAAGAGCAAUGUGUGUCAUUGGUGCUUUCCCUGAUCAGCAGCAGUUUGGAUGCAUGGCGGACUAGGCAGUACGAUUAUUAUCAGAGGGUUUUGAAUGGAAUAUUGUGAUUCCAGAUUUGGUAUAUUGUCACGUUGUUUUGGUAAAGCCAGACUGGUGAAGGUUUUCACAGGAAAAGAUACCGUUGUAUGGUUUAAGUAUAUUUGGUUCACUAGGCAAUGGCUUCAGAGGUUUCUACAAGAGAUUUUUUUGAGGGGGGGUGAAGGAUGAUUCAUGUCUGUUUGUGGCCUGUCUUUCCUUGGUUUGAGGAAUUUGUAAUUGUAUCGGCAUAGAACACAGUAGGAAGACUAGAGGCAAAAUCUACUGUAACAGAGUUGUCUUCAAUUUUUAACCUCAGGUCCUCCAGUCAUGAACUCUGCUGGCUGUUGGUGAUGAAGUUUACCACGAGUUGGUAUAGGAUAGUUCUACCCAUCUUGGACAUUGCACACUGUACAGAGUGAUUUCAACAUGGACAAUACAUGAGACAUGAGAUGGCUCUCCGAUAGGUCUUCGCAGGUUGAAAUUGCAGUUACUGCAAAUCUUACACGGGUUUGCCAUCGAAAGCAGCCAAGCAUUUAUGAUGUUGUACAUGCAACAUUUCCAAUUAAAGACUAUUUUUACGAUCGGAGGAUGGUUAGGCCACGAGAUGGUCCAAAAUGCUUUCUGGUUCCAUCCGUUUCGUGGCAUCUCCUCCCUGGGUUUUUUUCUCCCUUACAUAGUUUCUGAGUAAAGGAUGCUUGAUUGUAUCAUAUCAUUAUUGAUUACAUUUUCUUUAGUAAGAAAUUUGUUCAUUUGAAAC